AUGAUGAAGAGCAGCCCUCCAACCGCCCGCAAUACCGUGCGCGGCUUCCAGCCCACACCGGCGCCCUCUGGCGAUGAGGAUUCCGACUACGGUGCCUCCGAGACGCCUUCGCGCCGAAAGACCCACCGGGCCCAGGGCCGUGUCGACGAUGUCGUCAGCGCCAACUGUAGCCCGUCCCUGCGAGCUACCUCGUCACCCAAGGUGUCGGGAAUUGCCAAGUUGCGUGCCCAGAUGGAGCCGCUGAGCCUGGAGGACGGUGUCCGUUCCGCCCCCAUGUCCCGUAACAGCAGCUUUCAGAGGCGCCCUGACGUCGAUGGCCGCCUCGACGCCGACAGUCGCCUGUCCAGCAUGGCCGGCACCGGCAGCGAGGCCGGAAGCGACGGCUCCGUGAACGGUUCCGCCAGCUACGAAGUCUGCCUGGAGCACGACUUUGACGACCCAUUCGGUGGCUUCAGCUUCGUCGCUCCGUCGAGUCUCCUGAACGAAGCUUGCUUUCCUCAGGCCGUUUGA